CUAGUCUUUUGUGUUUCAGAACUGCCAGAGAAGAGCUGUGUAAUCAGUGCCAGGUUGUAUGCAACUACUUAAUUCUUCACAUUUCAUAGUGAUAAUACAGUAGUCUAGGUAUCAGUGGUGAAGUUGCAAAAUUGAGGUUCUGGGCUUGUUUUCCGGAAGUUGCUUAUAUCUUUGAGUACACCUCAAAGAAGCUUUAGAAAUCCUCCAUGGACGUCUUCUUUCGACGCCACUUUAAAAGGAAGGAGGGUGUUUUUGCUAGGCCAGGGGGUGAUGGGUCUGAGCCAUGUCGAUCCAGGAGACCCAGUGUUGCCGUACCAGCGAGCCGUGCACGCAGGCGUUCCAACGCAGGUUUUGCCUCGGCUACACUGGCGCAACGCAGGAGAUCCAGCGCUCAGCUACAGCCACUACAGUCACUACAGUCACUGCCUCAUGUGGCCAGCAACAGAACAACUAAGACUACGAGGCGCCGCUCAAGCACCACCACACCAGGUGCAAAUCCACGUUUUGCUGUACGCCGCAAGAAGGCAAGUAAGUUACGUAACAUCGACACACACCUACUUGGCCCUUCCAUGCUGCUCGCAAGCCUUAUCCAGAUGACAGAGGAGGAAGAAGAAGUUCGGGACGAGGCUGUCGGACAGGUGGAGUUGAAAGAGUGCGUGUCCUAUCCCUGCUCAGACCCACUACUUUCAGAAGGAGACAGCGAGAGUGAAAAUACAACAACCUCCACUACUGACUCUGACAAUGACCAGAACUCAGAACCAUGUGAUGAUGAUCUUAUGGAGGCAGGUUUGUCAGAGCGGGAGUUCCAAAAUUCCUCUGUUUUGUGCCAGCGGAACUGCCUGCCCCUGAGCGUGGUGGUUGAUCGAGUCCAGGCUCAUACGCUAAUCCGUGUUCCACGAUGUCUUAGAAGAAACUCCUCUUACAUAAGCCAUGUUGAAGGUGGGCCACAAGGGCGUUAUUGCCAGAGAAGGCGCUGCAGACGUGUCUCCACCAUCUCCAAGGCAGGCAGCCCUUGGCCAGGAAGAGGACAACCGUUGCCUACUCGCAGAAACUCCAUCUGCUGGAAGACGCACGCUUCCUUUAGCCCGUUAACAGGAGCUCAUUAUGACCCUACACUGGAGUCAUGGAGUGGCUUCCUCUCGAAAGCUAUUGCCAAGUCUGGUGUGCAGAACCAGGCCAACCAGUCCAAUGCCUUGGCGGCAACUCAGUGUGAAUCUAACCGAGAGAUCUCCCAGACAGUCGACUGGACCGAGAACGCCCAGUUCGGUCAGCACGUCUGGUUUGAGACCAGUCUUUCUGGAGAUUUCUGCUACGUUGGAGAGCUUUACUGCUUUGCCAAAUCACUGCAAAAAUCACUGCCCCGCUAUAAAUGUGCUGCUUGCAAAAUAGCCGUCCAUACAAUAUGCAUGGACCAGCUAGAGAAGAUAAAUUUCAGGUGUAAGCCAUCGUUUCGGGAUCCAGGCACGAGAAAUGUCCGAGAGCCAUGUACUGUAAGGCAUCACUGGGUCCACAGGAGGCGUCAGGAUGGGAAAUGUAGACAGUGUGGAAAGGGAUUCCAGCAGAAGUUCUUCCACAAUAAAGACAUUGUGGCCAUCAGUUGCUCUUGGUGUAAACAAGCGUACCACAAUAAGGUGACCUGCUUCAUGCUACAGCACAUAGAAGAGACCUGCACUCUCGGGGCGCAUGCUGCAGUUAUAGUGCCUCCUACCUGGAUCAUCCGAGUGCGCAGACAGCAGGCUUCUCUAAAGUCGAGUAAAAGGAGAAAAAAGACGUCUCUGAAAAACAAGACCAGCAAGAAAGGAACGGAGGAUGGCAAAUGGAAGCACUUUAUAGUCAAGCCGAUUCCCUCUCAGCUCAUGAAGCCAUUGCUUGUUUUUGUGAAUCCAAAAAGUGGUGGAAAUCAGGGAACGAAAAUUAUUCGGUCAUUUCUGUGGUACCUAAACCCUCGACAAGUGUUUGAUCUCACUCAAGGUGGCCCUAAAGAGGGGUUAGAAAUGUACCGCAAAGUGCCCAACCUGCGCAUCCUGGUAUGUGGAGGAGAUGGAACGGUCGGCUGGAUCCUGUCAGUGCUGGAUGAGCUGCAGCUGAAUCCUCAACCUGCUGUUGCUGUCCUCCCACUUGGCACUGGAAAUGACCUGGCCAGAACACUUAACUGGGGAGGAGGCUACACAGACGAGCCAGUGUCUAAAAUUCUGUCUCAUGUGGAGGACGGGAACAUUGUGCAGCUUGAUCGUUGGAACCUCAGGGUGGAGCCGAAUCUAGAGGCCAGUGAGGAGGAAAAAGACGAACACCAGACUGACAAGCUGCCCAUUGAUGUGUUUAACAACUACUUCAGCUUGGGAUUUGAUGCGCAUGUGACCUUAGAGUUUCAUGAAUCCCGAGAGGCCAAACCUGAAAAAUUCAACAGCCGCCUCCGGAAUAAGAUGUUCUACGCAGGGACGGCAUUCUCUGACUUCCUUAUGGGCAGUGCUAAAGACUUGUCUAAACAUAUCAGAGUGGUAUGUGACGGCACGGAUCUCACCUGUAAAGUUCAGGAUAUGAAGCUACAGUGUUUGCUCUUCCUCAACAUUCCUAGAUAUUGUGCUGGAACGAUGCCAUGGGGCAACCCUAGUGACCACCAUGACUUUGAGCCUCAGAGGCACGAUGAUGGCUACAUAGAAGUUAUUGGAUUCACCAUGACUUCACUGGCCACACUGCAGGUAGGAGGUCACGGCGAGAGACUGCAUCAGUGUCAGGAGGUGACGCUCACAACCUUCAAGCCCAUCCCCGUGCAGGUAGAUGGGGAACCGUGCAGACUGGCUCCGUCCGUUAUCCACAUCACACUCAGGAACCAGGCCAACAUGCUGCAGAAGACCAAGAGGAGAAUCUCCCUCCCACAGCUCAAUGAUCAGCUGCCCAUAUCUGAGCAGCUGCAUAUCCAAGUGAGCCGAAUCAGCAUGCGGGACUAUGAGGCUUUACACUAUGACAAAGAUCAGCUCAAAAAAGCCUCGAUUCCUCUGGGAAUCAUCACUGUCCGGGCAGACAGCGAUUUAGAGACCUGUCGGCUGCACAUCGAGGCACUUCACGAGGAGGGGGUUGGUGUGAAUUCAGACGCAGCACUCGUACCAAAGCUCUCGCCCAAAUGGUGCUUCCUAGACUCCACAACUGCCGAUCGUUUCUACAGAAUAGACCGCGCUCAGGAGCAUUUGAACUAUGUGUCUGAGAUCUCACAGAAUGAGCUUUUCAUUCUGGACCCUGAGCUGGUCACUAAGGAAACGGUGGGCACGUCUACUGGAAUGCCAGAAAUGGUAGAGACACUGGGACAGAACUCGAAUAGCUCGGACCAGAUUGCCUUCUCAGCAUGCCCUGCAGCUUCUGCACCACUUUAUAGGAUAAAUGAAGACCAAACUGCAGCUCAGAGAAAGAACGUGUCCUGUGAUGUCACAGAUGUGCUGGCAUCAACAAAUACAGACGUUUGCAAAUCUGAUGACGUCAUCCAGACUGAGAUCGAUAAAGAAACUAUGAAGCUGCUGAUUACAAGUGUGAAGUCAGAUAAUUUUAAAAAGCUUGUAGAGUUACACAAAGAAGGAGCCAACCUUGCAGUAUAUGAUGCAUUGGGCUGUACACUGCUCCACUAUGCUGUAGAUACUGGCAACAAGGAAAUGGUCAGAUACAUCAUAGAUAAUGCUCCACUGAGUAUCUUGGAUGUUGCAGAAAAAGAGACAGGUGAGACGGCGCUGCACAAAGCUGCAGCAUCAUGCCAGAGGACAAUCUGCAGCUACUUGGUGGAUGCCGGAGCUUCGCUUACAAAGACUGACUUACAGGGCGACAAUGCAAAGGCACAUGCCGAACGAGCUCAGGACUGGCCGCUGGCUGAGUAUCUGGAGGAUCAGCAACAGCACCACACGAUUCAGAGGGAAGACCAUGAGACGACGGUAUAACCAACAGCCUGCAUUGUCCACUGGAAAAGGCUUUUCCUUGCAUUCUUGGCAGCAUGUUGUUCAAAACGGAAAAGGUUCAUUUCUUUCUUGAUCGUAGGGGCCAAGCAAAGACAAAAUGUGAUUUCCUGUAGCUGCAUGAAUAUGCUUCUCUUGUACUGGAGGUCAUUUUGUCCAAAUGCUGCAUUUUCUAGAUAUUAAUGGCAAGAAAAACUUUUGGACAUCAGGGUUAGAAGAAGAGAAGCGCAUCUGACUGGGGCUUUAGCCUUUUAUUAAGCAAAUAGUAAUAUAUGGUAUAAUAAUUAGUAAAAUUUACAUGUUGCUUGUGCCAUUUUGACUGAAUUGGACUUUAUGACAGCAGUCUGCAUUUAUAACUCCCUCUGCACCUGCUGCUUUAUGAGGUGUUUCAGUUUUUUAAGUAAAUGCUUGUAUUUCCUUCCAACCACUAGUUAAUCGCAUGAUUCUGUAAAUUAUUUUACAAGACAAUGUUAGUGGCUGCCUCUUUUUUGUGAUAUUCUUUUAAUCUUAUACUAAAUAGCUUUCUAAAUAAAAUAGCUUUUAUUCUUUCAACAGGUUUCUUCUGUAGAUAUGAAACACUGCACUGAUUGUUUAAGGAACACGUAUCAUAAUGUAAUGUUCUUGCAAAGAAUAAUAUUUGGUCAAUAGAAAUAAGUAAGCAUUUAUAAUGUUUUAAUUAUCCUAAGAGGUAUUUGAUAAAGACGGUAUAUAUUUAAUAACAUUCCACCAGAAAUGUUUCGAAUGCUAGCCAUUGGUCUGUUAUUAUCGCUUAAGCCACUUGGAAAGAAGCGUUGUUUCAGGACUUUUAUUAAAAUCUGGAUAACGAAAUGUUUACACUGAACGAGUAAAGACAUUACAUCUUUUUGUUUUAUGUGUUCUGUGCUUUCACAACUGUUAGUGGCAUAUCCUCAGGUACUGAAGUUUUAUGUGUUUUUUUUCAUAUAUAUAUUUAUAAUGCAGUCUGCCAUCAUUGCCUUAGCAUUAUUAUUAUUAUGAUUUUUUAAUGUAUUGUCCUGAGUUUUGAGUUAAAGUGCAUUGUCAAUGCUCUGUUUCGAGUUGCUGUGCAAUUCAAUAUUAGACAUUGUGUGUACAUAUCUAUCAAACAUUUUAAAAUGUGAGUAACGAUACCAUUCCAUGAUCCCAUCUUAGCAUUUGUAUUACUUUAUGAAUUUAAAGGAACUUAUAGGCAAUGACUUAAUCAUACUAAUACAAAAUAAACUUUGUUAGAUAAUAGAUUAUAGUAUUUACUGUACAUUGGCUGGUUUGUUAUUGUCUACCUAUAUAAAACAAAUAAAGUUUUAAAUUUA